CGCAAUACAGCUGUCCUAUCAAGGCGUCGCUGCUGCUGCGCAUUGGACCAUGCAUAUGACUGUUGAUAAUAUUUAGUUCAACGAGCAGGAUCUUGUCUUGUUACUAAAUAAGCUCUAAAACAAAACUGAAGAUAGUUUAAAAAGGAUCACCACUGUAAGAGUCUUCGAUGAAGGGCCUGACGCUGAUGCCUUCGGAUCUGGCCGGUCGCGACCGGUCUUCCGGGCGGAGCCUCCUCUCCAAUUACCUCCCUCCCUGCCUGGAGAGCAAGCUCCUGGCGCAGCACCAGCCCUCAGCAGCCUCCUCCGCCCUCCUCUCCCUCUGCCCGUCCCUCCAACCCACCCAGCUGAGCUCCACCGCGUCCGCCCGCCUCCUCUCCAGCUCCGCCCCCGCCUCCACCUCCACCUCGUCCUCCCCGCUGCUGAGCACCCAGAGCAGGCUGCUCCAGACGGCGUCCGCCGCGGCCCGCCCCGGCCCGCUGCUCCGUGCCACGCUGGACACGAGCGGCGGCGCGCUCCUCAGGGGCUUCGCCCUUCUGCCGACGCCUUCCUCCUGUGUCCCCACGCCGGGGCGCGAGGAAGAGGAGGAGGAGGGGGAGGAGAGGGAGGAGGCGUCGUCGUGGGGCGGAGGGGAGACGUUCUCUCAGUGCUCCAGCACCCAGGAGCCCAGCUCUGUUCUGGAAACCUCUACUUCUGACGACGAUGAUGACAGCGACUAUGAUGAGGUGGAUGCUGAUGACAUCACGGCAGAGAGUCCGGUCCUCGACAUUGAAAUGGCCAAUCGGGAGCAGGAGCAAACUUUGGCCAUCAUGCCAGAGGAAUUUCCCGAACUCCAACAGGAAAAAGACGUUGAGGCGGAAUUGAAUGAUAAGAAGUAUCUGCUGCUGAACGCUGUGUUCAGCUCCCUGCUCAGCAAGACCACCACCCAGAAGAGGGUGGGCGAGCUGGAGGGCGUCUGGCCCACCAUCGUUACCCUGGCAACGGACAUCUCCUCCGUGGACCCUCAGUUCCUCCUCAAGGAUCCUUCUGCAAAGUCCUAA